CAGCAACUAUGGGAGGACAUAUUAAAACCAAAAAGCUUGGGAAAUUUUUUUCAAAAUUAAUGCAAUUGUAGGAGGCACAAUAUUAGGAAGCAUAUAAUUAUAAAAAAGUUUAUCAAGCCCAGCUACCCUUAAUAAUUUGUAAAAGAUGUCCCCAUGUCCAUUGAUCAAGUCUUGAGUUUAUACCAAUGUUUAUACAUAGGAAAGGUUUGGGAAACAAAGCCGGAGGAACCAUCGAUCAGGCAAUUAAGAACAAGUUCUUCAAAGGCAAAGUUGGUGGAACCGAAAAUAAGAGCCAAGCGGCAUCCUUAUUGUCUCAAAGCGGUGAUACAAGUUACGUUAACAUCAAGGACCAGGAUACGGCGACUGAACUUAAACGAUUAUACGCUCUCGUAGAAGCCAUGAAAAUUCAAAAUAUGAAAUUGGGGAAUCGUCACAUCCCGGGUUACAACAACAUUCUCAAGGCGAAAAUCAUGAAGAGCAAAAGCACUUCCCAUUUCAAAAAAUCUUUCAGUACCAAACGCAAAUUUAUUUAUUAUUUUUUUAAAAAUAAAUUCAAGUUCAUCGACCUUCUACUUUGA